AAGAGUUAGAACAUCAGCAAAUGAGUUACUCGACGCUAGCCGUUGUGGGAAACUUCACUUAUCCGCCAAUUUCUAAUCGAAAACCCUCCAACUCCACUCUAAAAAGAAAAGAAUUCAUUUCUCUCUUAAAAAAUUGCAAACACAUCAACCAAAUCCUACCAAUACAUGCCAAAAUCAUUAGAACUCUCCAUGACCAAGACCCUUUCAUCCUCUUCGAACUUGUUCGUCUUAGCUCUUCUUUCCCCUCCAUUAGCUAUGCCUCCAAGAUUUUUCAACAAACCCUUAACCCAAAUGUGUUCCUCUACACUGCUAUCAUUGAUGGGUUUGUUUUGGCUGGUUCUUACUCUGAAGGGAUUAGCCUUUAUUUUCAAAUGAUCAAUCGAUUUAUUGUGCCGGAUAAGUAUGUGAUAACCUCUGUUUUGAAAGCUUGUGGGUCUCAUUUUUCUUUGAGAGAAGGAAAACAGGUUCAUUGCCAAGCUUUGAAACUUGGGUUAAGCUCGAAUAGAUUGAUAACCAUGAAGCUGAUCGAAUUCUAUGGGAAAUGCGGGGAAUUUGAUGAUGCAAGGAAGAUGUUUGAUGAAAUGACGAAAAGAGACGUUGUUGCCUCAACGAUCAUGAUAAAUUGUUUUCUUGAUCAUGGAUUGGUUGAGCAGGCGAUUGAGAUUUUUUAUCGGGUAAGGAUUAAGGAUACCGUUUGCUGGACCGCAAUGAUUGAUGGGUUGGUCAGGAAUGGGGAGAUGAACUGGGCUUUGGAGAUGUUUAGGGAAAUGCAAAAAGAGAAUGUGAUGCCUAACGAAGUUACUAUUGUUUGUGUUUUGUCUGCGUGUUCACAAUUGGGAGCGUUAGAGCUUGGAAGAUGGGUUCAUUCUUACCUGCGGAAACAGCAUGUGAUAAAGCUUAAUCAUUUUGUGGGGGGUGCAUUAAUCAAUAUGUAUUCAAGGUGUGGUGAUAUUAAUGAGGCUGAACGAGUUUUUGCAAUGAUGAAAGAGAGAAAUGUGAUUACAUACAAUUUAAUGAUUUCAGGGCUUGCUAUGCAUGGGAAGAGUAUUGAAGCUAUUGAGAUUUUUCGAGCAAUGACUAAGCAAGGGCUUUUGCCAACUAGUGUUACCUUUGUUGCUGUUUUAAAUGCUUGUAGUCAUGGAGGUUUGGUUGAUUUGGGUUUUGAGAUAUUCCUUUCUAUGAGUAGGGAUUAUGGGAUUCAGCCGCAGAUUGAGCACUAUGGAUGCAUUGUUGAUCUUCUUGGAUGUGUAGGUCAUCUUAAAGAGGCUUAUAAUUUUAUGGAAAAUAUGAAAAUAGCACCUGAUCAUGUCAUGUUCGGGGCUUUGCUGAGUGCUUGUAAAAUCCAUGGAAACCUUGAAUUAGGAGAACAAGUUGCGAGAAUUUUAAUGAACCAUGAAGUUGUAGAUUCUGCUACUUUUCUGCUAUCAAAUAUCUACGCUUCAUCAGGGAAAUGGAAAGAAGCAGCUCAAAUCAGGGCAAUGAUGAAGGAUGGUGGAAUCCAAAAAGAACCAGGUUGUAGUUCCAUUGAAGCGAAUAACGAGAUCCAUGAGUUUCUUUUGGGAGACCUACGGCACCCUCAAAAGGAAAAAAUAUAUAAGAAGUUAGAGGAAUUGAACCAAAUAUUACAAGAAGCAGGACAUACUCCAGCAACAGGCGUUGUCUUGCAUGAUAUUGAAGACUGGGAGAAAGAGCAGGCUUUAGCAAUACACAGCGAGAGGCUUGCAAUAUGCUAUGGUCUAAUCUCUACUAAACCAUGUACCACCAUAAGGGUUGUGAAGAACUUGAGGGUUUGUGAUGAUUGCCACUCAAUGAUCAAGCUCAUUGCUAAGAUUACUAGAAGGAAAAUUGUGGUGAGAGAUCGCAAAAGAUUCCACCAUUUUGAGAAUGGGAAUUGCUCUUGUGGAGAUUACUGGUGAAUAAAAAUGAAAAAAAAAAGGAGAUUCUUAAGCAUUAUAGAUAUCUCUAAGCAAGGCUAUCAGUCAAAAAGAAGAUACCAGCUAGGGGUUGAGUAAAGCUUCAAUUGGUCACCAUUUCUUGUAACAUUUGUAUCUUGACUAAUUGGGAAAUUUUCAUUUUCAUUCUUCUAUAGGAACUCUUUUGAAAAGAGGAAGCCUAUUGCAUGUACAAAUAAUCUAUCAAUAACAUAUCUGAUGUGGUUUACGUUGGCAAAGGUGGAGAAAUGCUUAACUUCUAACAUGGAGAAAAGCUGAUAAAACAUCAAGUAGAUGGAAAUGUGGAACCUGUUAUGGAAUGAAUCUGAGGAGGCUUCCAUGAUAACUACAAUGCAAAUGCCAAUCAUAUGGGAUUUAUUAUCCGAGUUGGUAAUUGUCAUCAUUCAGAUCUUGAUGGCUCAGUAAUCAGUCGUAGAUUGCUUUAUAACAAGGAAAAGGAAACCGAAAGGCUUGAAGUGAGGAAGCCAAGGUAGGGUUGUAAGGCAAUGAUUAUGGUGAGGAAGGAUAACUCUGGGAAAUGGAUUGUUACAGAACUUGAAGCAAAGUUCAGUCAUCCUUUUCAGGAAUACCCUCUGGGAAGGGUUGUCAGGGUACAAUUCAGGCCACAACACAGGUUACUCCAUAAUAUCAUGUUAAGCUCCUAAAUAUUUAUUUUGUUAAUAAUUAUUUUACAGUUAUAUUUAAUAAUCAAUCUCUUUUAUUGCUGUUUGCAUCCCACUGUUAGUUUGCAUUCGCUUUAGUACAGGAUAUGUGGUUAUGACACUAAUAAAGAUGCAGUGAUAAAACCCUUUGAUUCAUGCUAGACAAUACUAAACAAAGCUCUAUCACAGUUGGACUGCGUUGAUCAAUGCUAGACUUUGUUUUUUUUCCUCCUCCAAUUCAGAAGAAAAUCAAAAUCGGAAAAUAAAAAUUUUUUGCUUUUGACUUGUUUAAUUCUGUUCUAUUAACAAAUUCCUCCUUUGGCAAAAUUGCCUUCAAUUUCUCCCUCUAUUCAUCAUUUAAACCGGAGUCAAACCAGUAAUUAUAUGUCUGCUAAUUUAUUUUUCUGCUCUAGUGGCAAACCAUCAAUUGAUGUUGAAGAUUUAAGGGUGGGAAGUUGAUGCUAUCUUAUGCUUGAUAUAUCCACAUUAUUAUCUUCAUGGUUUUGCAGAGUAUUUGCAGAUGCCAGGUGAUUAUUAUACUUGUAUUUAUACCUGGCUAUUAGUGGUUCUGGUAUUCCAGUGCUUUAGAUAGUAAUUUGCCUUGUACGAAACAAGGAGCUGCCGGAUAUAUUCUUGCUAAGGUUUCCAUCCUUUGGAUGAACACCCUAAUCAAUUAUUGAGAUGAAGUCUUAAAGUUGAGGUCCUGAUUUGAAUGUUAUAAUUGUACAAAAGGUCCUGAUUUUAAUGUUGUAGUUUUACAAAUGGUCCUGAUUCAAAUAAGAGGAUUAUAUUUUUUAGUUCAAUCAACUCAAUAUGAAAUGUAUAUUCUGUUAAGGUAAUUGGCACCUAGCGUGUGCUCUUAUAUCAUGGAUCUCCACAUGGUAAAUUCUUUGCUUAUUUUUGGUUGGCCAACUGUUUUUGAUAAGUGGGAUUACUGACCACUACAUUCCCAUAAGUCUAUGCCAUCGUUGGUUUGAAUGAGAUAAUGAACCUUUGUAGACAAUUCGUUUCAGCUUUUCUGAAUAACAAAUAACUGAAGUAGAACUUCUAGAUAAGUGACUGUUUAGUAGUAGUUGAUUUCAAAAGUAUCUCUUAGAAGGUUAGGGACAGUCCAUUUUACUAUUUAAUAUUCAUCAUGAAAAGAAGUAUGCUUCUGUUAAUGAUAAGCUAUUCUAUGGAGUUGAAUCUUAGAAGCUGUAGGAGUUUUUUAGUGUUAUUCAUUACCUAAGUGGUGAAUCAAAGCAAGCUAGGAUUCUAAAAACUGCUGAGCUCCAUCGAACAAUUCAACAUUACCAACGCAGCUGGAAUUGGUUUGGGUAGAUAUAUAAAAGCAUACAGAUCACAUUACCAGAGGCCUUUCAAUACAGAAUCAAGAAUGUGAAACUAAAAGAAGUUGAAGCUGAAGAUUGAAAGCAAAUACAAUGUGUAAGUCUUAGGCUUAUUACCAUGUAAAACUCACCUUACAAUUUGCUGCUACCAUUCUUUCAUAUGUACAAGUCUCCACUCUCCAAGACUUUACACUUUUACAGUGCUAAUUUUAUGUGAGUUCUGAUAUUUUAUUUGCCGAAUUUGUGCGAUCAAUUGGCUGAUCAAUGGCUUGUAAAAUGUCAACAUAGCAUAGCAGCUGUGGCACCCAGCAUUUCGAAAUGGGGACAACAUCAUGAGGUGGUUGAUAAACCGAAUGUCCUUGUUGAGAAUGGCUGAUAUCUG